CCUCCUCUAGCCAAUCAGCUUCCGGAGGAGAGGGUUUAACUCCUAUUUUAAAAGGAGAACCUUUGAAUUGUAACGGCCGAGGUCCUGGGAAUCGCUUGGAGGUUUUCGUCGGGGACGCCAUCCUGCCCUUGGGUGACAUGGACAGGUGUAAAGAAAACUGUGUCUCCAGGCCUGUUAAGACUACAGGUCCCUUCGGUCCAAAACGAGUCUUGGUGACAGAGCAGAUUCCUUCUCAGAACCUAGGAUUGGCUAGCAGUGGCCAGGCCCAGCGGGUCUUGUGUCCUUCCAACUCCUCCCAUCGUGUCCCUUCACAAGCACAGAAAGUUGUCUCAGGUCAGAAGCCAGUGCCAAAGCAGUUGCCACCUCCCAGCGUUCCUCGGCCCGAGCCCCAGCUUAGUAACCCCCAGAAGAGUGAACAGCCACCCCCUGCAGACUCUGGAAAUAAUUCUGAAAGUGAUCGGGCAUCAAAGCAGAAAACUGAAGACUCAAAAAAAAGGCAGUGGACUCUGCAAGACUUUGACAUUGGCCGCCCGCUGGGUAAAGGAAAGUUUGGAAAUGUCUACUUGGCAAGGGAGAAGCAAAGCAAGUUCAUCCUGGCCCUGAAGGUGCUGUUUAAGACACAGCUGGAGAAGGCCGGCGUGGAGCACCAGCUUCGGAGGGAAGUGGAGAUCCAGUCCCACCUGCGGCACCCCAACAUCCUCAGGCUGUAUGGAUAUUUCCAUGAUGCCACCAGAGUUUAUCUAAUUCUAGAAUACGCGCCCCUUGGGACCGUCUACAGAGAGCUCCAGAAACUCUCCAAGUUUGACGAGCAGAGGACGGCUACAUACAUCACGGAGUUGGCAAACGCUCUAUCUUACUGUCACUCAAAGAGAGUCAUCCACAGAGACAUUAAGCCAGAGAACCUGCUUCUUGGGCCAAAUGGAGAGUUGAAGAUCGCAGACUUUGGAUGGUCUGUGCACGCUCCAUCUUCCAGGAGGACCACACUAUGUGGCACCCUGGACUACCUGCCCCCUGAGAUGAUUGAAGGCCGGAUGCACGAUGAGAAGGUGGACCUCUGGAGCCUGGGUGUCCUCUGCUAUGAGUUCCUAGUUGGGAUGCCUCCUUUCGAGGCACACACCCACCAGGAGACCUACAGGAGGAUAUCACGGGUUGAAUUCACAUUCCCUGACUUUGUGACUGAGGGAGCCAGGGACCUCAUUUCAAGACUACUAAAGCACAACUCAAGUCAGAGGCUAACACUAGCAGAGGUCCUUGAGCACCCCUGGGUCACAGCUCACUCUUCAAAACCUUCAACUUGCCAAAAAACCAAAGAGUUAACAAGCAAAUCAUCUUAGGGAGUCUGGAGCUGUGGCCUCUGUGUAGCUGUGAAACGCCCCUUCUAGACCUCGGGACCAUCAUCACUGCCCUCCGAACACCCUGUUGAACAGCCAGUCCCUGGCCUUGCAUCCAGGAAGCCCCACCUGAGUAUGUGACGUUGUCCAAGCUCCAUGAACCAUGCUGCUUUUCCUGGUUCGGCAUCUGGAGGGAAGGCUCACUGCAGCUGUCCCCAAGGUGUCCUUGUGGGGGAUCUCACUGGGAAAGUCGCCAUCCCUCCUCACCUCCCGGGUGACCACCUUUGUCUAGCUUUCAAGUGCCUGAGUGUGUGUGUAACUUAUUGGGUCGCCAGGCCUGGGAAAGCUGUCGGAAUGAGUCUGUAGUUUCUUUUAAAUGUUAAAAUAAAGAAUUAUAUUUACUUCCUCUUUCUUAAGUGGCACCCCUUCAGGACACUUGCUUUCAGUCUUUGUAAGCCUGUGGGAUUCCCUUCCUCAGCCACCGCACUGGAGCCUGUGCUCCAUCUGCCCUGGACUGGACUUGGGGGUUUCUAGAUGUUAAGGGCUGUUCAUGUUAAUGUGUCAUGUAUGGAAACCUUUUAAAUAUAUAUAUGUGUACAACGUC